AUGAAAUUCCCAACCGAGAAUCCGAGGAAACCAGGGACCAUGAACCCCCCACCAGGUUAGACCGUCAAUGAAUCUUUACAUGAGUUAACUGCUGCAGUGAGUCCGCAGCUCUGCUGUCUAACAAUAACACCAGACUCUGGAACAGGAUCCUCUGUCACACCAGCACCACAGUGACACCUGAUAUGGAUCCGGAUUUGAAUCUGGUUUAGGUUCAUUCUGCAAAAUGUGUUUAGUGGAAGGCUGUAGAGUGCCAAAGUGUUUCAGUGUCACAGCUUUAAAACCUUUACUUAAUCAGUAUAGGGACCAGGCUGCAUGAUGUAAUAAUAAUACUAAUUAAAAUAAUAGCCUAUUAAUAAUAAUAAUAAUAGUAAUAAUAGUAAUAAUAAUAACAAUAGUAAUAAUACUAGCCUUAUAAAAAAUAAAUAAUUACCUUAUAAUAAUAAAAUAAUAAUAAUGAUAAUAAUAAUAAUAAUAAUAAUAAUGUCCACAGUGAGCUGCUGCAGCAGAUUGUAAACAGGAGCUGUAAACAAAAGAGUGAUGCAGAGUGACGUUACCUCCUCUGUUCUGAAACAGCACCUCCAGCACAUGUUCACCACCUGAUCCUUUUGCAUACUAUCUUACUUGUGUCAAUCAGGUGUUUAAAAUCCUCCACCUCCACCUCCACAUGAGAACUGGUGUUACUCCACACCUUUUGUUGUGAUAUUAUACCUGCAGGUGAGCGAGCAGAGAUGUUCAGCAUGCGUCUGCUAAGAUCAGCUCUGAGGCUGAACCAGGAACUAAGCAUGUGCUCAACAUGUUGGUUACAUGUAUGAUGUCUAACAUGUGAUGGAUGUGUAGACAAGGUGUGAAUAAUCUGACAGUCUACUUGUAGUACGUUACAUAAAUCAAAGUGUGUGUGUUUUUUCUGAGUGGCGUUGAGAUUCUGUUAUGUAACAUUGUUAGUGAUGAUGAUGAGGAUGAUGAUGAUGAGCAAGAAUACUCCUCUGCUGAGAGCUAAUCAACACUCAAACAGAGAGGAAAGAGUCACAUUUCACCUUUCUGAACACAGAAGGUGUGACACACCUAAAUAAUGGUAAGAAAUCAUCAUGAGAGUGUUUAUUUCCUUAGUGACAGACUUAUAAAAUCACAUAUCCAGAUCACCCAAUCACAUUUAAUAUGAAUAAAAAUGAUUAAAAUUUUGUAAAAAAUUAUCAAAAUAUUCCUAAAAUGUAUGAAAGUAUAAUCAGAAAUGACCAGAGUACCCUGAAGUUCACCAGAUAACAACAUGAAUUAAUGUGAAUUUAUGGUCAGAUAUGUUUACAGUCUACAUUGACAGCUCUCUUUGGCAGUCUGAGUUUUACUCUUGAAAACAAGAUCAAACCUGAAAAAGACGGAGUUUCAAUGCAGUUUUUAAGUUUCUGAUAAAAACAUGAGUGAGUAGACCUUGUGUAGAAUUUUUUUUUUAAAACCAUCUUUCUCAAAGCUCAAAAAUAAACUUCCCGCAGCUGCAGCCUCUAAAUAUUUAAUGAUGAGGACCACUGUGUAGAAAUGGGAAUAUUUAGCUCUCCUGCUCACCCCUCCUGAUGUCGGUGAAGCAAAGGUGGCUGUUGAGGACAAGAAGCUCCUGUGAUGAAUGAUAUGAUCCCUCAUUUGGGAAGUUUUUACUGUCAAAAGAAAUUCUUUGCACGACAACAACUUGUCUUCUUGGUUUGUAAUUGGUACAAUUCGUGAAGCCAGUCACUAAAUCCAAAAACAUGUGUGUUACUAGUUUGUUGGGACCUGCUUGAGGAAGGAGACCCAUGUUAUUUUAGAUAAAGAGAGCUCAAAUAGAUUUUUGUAAUUAGGUGAUCAUCCUCCAAUUUAAACAUAGUUGUAAAUAUUCUUUUUCCACCAAAUAUGUCAUGUUAAACCUGACUCAGUUCUACGAACUGCACCUUUAAUGAUAAACAUCAAUACCUGAUACAUCCUUAGGACUUAAGAUGAAUAUUUAAUAGCAAGAAAUACUGAGAAUACAGUUGCUGAAAUGCCACAUCAUUACAAUUGUUUAAAAUCAAAGAUGGUAGAGCUAAAGAAUGAAGGCAAAGAAAGGUUUACCAGAAAACAUCUGAACAAAAGCUGUUAAUCAAAUAUUAAAAAAUUAAAAGUGGAAAAGAGACAUAAAAGGGUGUGAAACGGUGAAAGUUGGAUGUUGGAUUGCAGACAGUUUGAAGAGGAGGGUUAAAAAUACAGACAUGAUUGAAGGAUUAAUGACAGUCCUGAACUAAAGUUCAAAUAGGAAAGAAGAGGGACAAGGACAAAAGGACAGACAUGGAGUAAUGGUAAAAAAUCAGACAGCAUCAGGAGGAGCGGUCGGUGUUUUCAUGUUCUUUGUGUCCAGCUGUGAACAUCUGUGAUCACAGAGUGACGGAGCAGCAGGUAGAGACUCUGCUGUCUCAGACUGAAGGACUUUAUGCUUUCAGAUCUACUAAAAAUAAAACCAAAGAGUCCCUCCAUCCAUCUGCUUGUCUGUCCUUCUGUCCUUCUCACAGACACAUGUCAUCUGUCUGUCAAACUCAAGACUUUUCUUUCUUUCUUUCUUUCUUUCUUUCUUUCUUUCUUCCUUCCUUCCUUGUUUGGGCCGACUGUGCCCCUCCUGGUGUAGUUUUCCUCACUCAGAGACGUUUCUGUGUUCCUGCAGUUAUUGUAUGUCUGUCUAUUUUCAGUGGCUGUCCAGACCAACCUGGUCCCCCCAAAGAAGGUCCAGCCGGGCAUGCUUCAGUCCAGCCUGGUCCAGGCCAGCGUGGCCACCAUGCAGAACCCGAUGGGCUGUGCAGUGCCUCGGCUCUCCGUCUCUUCACGCCCUCCCAGUGUGGUGGCCAGCAUGGAGGCAGUGGCGGAUGGCUCAGCGCCCUUCACCAUGAUGAAGUUGAAGACGGUGCUGGCGGUGUUCGUGGUGGUGGUUGUUUACCUGAUGGGGGGAGGGCUGGUGUUCCGGGCGCUGGAGCAGCCCUUUGAAAAUAACCAGAAGAUCACCAUCACGGCAGAGAAGGCCGCCUUCCUCCAAAAACACCCGUGUGUGUCUCCUGAAGAGCUGGAGGCUAUUAUCAAGGUAAGACCCGGUCGAUACUUGGUCCUGGAUCAGGUCCCCAGCGAGGACUCAGGUCCAUCGAAACUCGAGCUUCAUAUUGAUCCAACACUAUUCACGCUGCACAGACACACACACUCCCAAGUCUGCCAAACUGGACUUGAUACUCAGUGUCUAGUACACACAAAUAGACGAGUCUCCUUACAUCCUUGAAAGUCCUUGAAGAGCCUAAAAGUAAUGUUUCUCUGGGGACAUUGUGUUUCCAUUGUUUCUCUGUCAUCAGACAAAGAAAAAAAUCUGAAAAUAAAAAAACUUGAAAAAAAAAAAAAAUAAAAAAAAAAAUAAAAGUCUCUGUUUAUCAGUUUAUAACAUAUCCAUGUGUAGCAUAUGGUGAGUACAAAAACUGAGUUCUGUUUGCCCAAACUAGCUCUAAUGAUCAAAGUCCUUAUGAAGACUCAAACACUUUUUCCACACAUGCACUUGAGAAAUUUCAAAAAUAUUGCAAGAGCUCUGCCCUUGCAAUUGUCUGAGUUGAAGUCAAGAUGUGUUGGUGUUAUUUAAAACUGAUGCGUGUCGCUAUUGUGGGUCCAGGCCACUUCCUAUUGUAGCAUGCUAUUAAAUAGCUUUGCAAAUGCACACAACCAUAUUUUUGGAUGACUCUACUAAAAUUUUGUAAGAAUUUUUUAACAAAGUAUCAACACAUGCACACAUGACUGAUAAUGCAAAAGAAGAAAGUAGGGGUGGGAGAAAAAAUGGAUACAGCAUAGUAUCGCAAUAUUUUGUCUGGUGAUAUAUCAUAUUGUCUCAUUUACCAAGUAUCGAUUUUUUUCAAAUUAAUUGUUAAUAUGAAGUUGAAUCUAUGAUAGUGGAAAAAUAAAAUCAACUGUUUGUCCAGUGAGGUUGACAGAGGUGACAUAACAGAGCAGGAGAAAGUUAGUACAACAAAUAUAUAUAAGGUUUGCAAGAUGUGCAACAUGAAAAUAGAAUACAGCGUAAAUAAGACAAACAUGAGGAAAGACAAACGCUAAAUUAGCUUAACAGUUGAAAAAUGUUAUAAAUUGCAAUAUAUUGUAUUGCAAUACACUGUAUUACAAAAUGUUAAAAAUCACAAUAAUAUUGUAUGGUGGCCUAAGUAUCGUAAUAAUAUCGUAUGGUGGUCUAAGUAUCGUGAUAAUAUCAUAUCGUGAUAAUAUCAUAUCAUGACCUAAGUAUCGUGAUAAUAUCGUAUCGUGGUAAUAUUGCAUCGUGAUAAUAUUGUAUUGUGGCCUAAGUAUCGUGAUAAUAUUGUAUCAUGAUCAAAUGAUCAAAUCAUAUUGUGAUAAAAUCGUAUUGUGAUAAUAUCGUAUUGUGAUAAUAUCGUAUCAUGAUCAUAUUGUAUUGUGAUAAUAUCAUAUUGUGAUAAUAUUGUAUUGUGGCCUAAGUAUCGUGAUAAUAUCGUAUUGUGAUAAUAUGGUAUCGUGGCCUAAGUAUUGUGAUAAUAUCGUAUUGUGAUAAUAUCGUAUCAUGGCCUAAGUAUCAUGAUAAUAAAUAAAUGGAUAUUUAAUGGAUAAUAAAUGGGCAAACUCUCAUUCACUCUGCAGUUGAGUUUUCAAACCCAGCACCAAAACUAGACUGUUGGCCACAUAACAUAGACGGAUCAACAUCAAAAAUGAUUUUUGUUCAUGUUAGCUUGCCCCAACUUUACCUUGAUAAACCAGGAGACAGACUGGAAAUAAUCCAAGUAAAGAUAGGGUGAAAACUUGGCAGCUUACCUAGGUAAUUUGGGAAAUUUUUCAGGAACAUUGUGUGAGUGUGAAAGCAGUUAAACUGAGAGGAAGAGGGAUGGGCGAUGUUUUUCUGCUGCAGUGCAUCUCGCAGACAAAAAUUAAAACUGAUUUUUAAAGACUCAUCUACAUAAUUUGUGUUUGUUAGAGAGCUGGCUCCAGUGUAGUGAAGCUGUUGCUGUGAUUGUGAAUGAAAAGUGGUUUAGGAUUUCCUGCACAGACCUCCACAAUGAGGCAGAGGAAACAGCUACUGUAUAGAUGAAGAGCCCUCUUGAUGGAGAUAUAUUACAACUUUGGUAUUAAAAAAACAAGUGGUUAUUCACGGCUUACCAAACAAUGAUAUAAGCAGUGAAGAAAAUGUGUUAACACUGUAAUAUUCUCAUGGAAAUUAUUACGUAUUCUGAAAAUCCAAUUUUUGUAUAUACAUCUGUCCGUCUGUCCUGUCUUAGCGUCUUGUUCUGUUUGGGGUUUGAACCUCUUCAAGAAAGAUUUUUUUGGUCAUUAUGGUUUUAUGUUUGGUCAGUGCAGAUAAUAUAGAAUUGAAUACUCUCUAUACCUGCUCUUUAAGUGACCUCAGGAAACUUCACGAGUGAUUUAGUCUUAUGUAACUUAAAGUGAUCGAUUCAAUAGAUCGAGCUCAUAAACAGAUCUCAUUUGACUCAUGCUGCAGCACUCACAGCCUGAGCGUGAAAACAGCCGCGUGUUUGGAUUGGACGUUAUUGACUUGCUCUGAAACCCUGGAUGAUAAUGGAAGACAUAAUGCAGAGAGAGAGCUGCUGUGGAUCAGAGCCAGCUUGCAUUUAAAGCCUGACACCUUCACACAGAAACCCAGAGCUGCAGAGAGAUGGCCGUAAGUAACAGCUCAGUAAUGGGAGGCGGUAAACCAGAACUCAGUUUGAAACAGACCCUGUGAUCUGGUUUAAUGUGGCUGAAUGAAUCAGACGAAAGUGGAGAUAGAGUCAGUAUCACUUUAUGCUCUAUCACUAUACAUGUGACAGAAUAGUAAAAAAUAUGUAGAUAUGAAUGAAACAGUUUAUAGAAAUCAUUUUUUUAUAGCCUAUUUUAUGAUUUCUAUAAACUGUUUCAUUCCUGAUUGAAGAACACAGAUUUUAGAUCAUUGCUUAUUUAAAUGAGCGUCAAAUUCAGAUCCUCAUUAUCUUAAUUAGUCAUUGUUUUACUCUGAGUCACUGGUAGGGUGUAUAUUUGCCUGUCUUGAAGAAUCACUGGUUUAACAUUAUCACAGUUCUCAGAUCAUUAACAACUGCAGAUGAUUUUGAUCAUUCUGAUUUUGGUUCCUCCUGUGAAAACUGUUCUUAUUUUUAGUUGCUGGUGGAGUGUGAAUGUGUCUGUCAUGGUACCCAUUUCUGUUGCCUGUCUUGGACUGUUUUUCCACUCUACAGUGAAUCAGAGUUUAUGACAGAUAUUACUCACCCUGCUGUGAGAUGAUAUUCAAAAGCUGAUAAGGAGAUUUAGUAACAGCAGCACACACUGUCUUCACACUUUAAGGGUUCAAGCAGAUUACACUUGAUUUUAUUUGCUGUAAAGUUCCGUGUUUGGUCUAAUGACGUUGAUCCACCCAGACAUGUGAAGCAGAAAUGAAAGGUGAAGUCCAGUUUUUUUUAUUAGUGGUUUAAGUUUCACAAAGACGAUUUUACAGUGACAGUGUUUAAAAGCCAGAUCAUUCUGAGUCAUGGAGGAGCGCUGGCAGGUCUCCCUUUGAUUGUUUUUCAAACAUGCUCAAAAAGGAGCAUAUUUUACCAGGAUACUGAACUCUACAGGGAGAAGUAUGUCCUCUGAAGGUUAUAAUCUGUUCUCUGCCAAAAAAACAUAUUUUUAAACUUCUCUGAUAUUCGUUAUUAACUUUAAAGCUGUGCAACACUAAUCAAAAUUGUUGCUAACAUAACACUUACUGCUUAACAAGGUGAAAACUGAAUGCAACGCUAACAGGGUAUUUAUUCAUAGUAAUAACACUUAAAGGGCUAUUUCAAACAAUCCAAAAUGUACUGUCCGAGACUCAUGGGCAAAGUGAAUCAGGGCAUGUCAAACCAUAUAUUUCUAAAGUAAAGUGAGGCACAGGGUGCAAAGAUGUUGAAUUAUUCAUAAGUGUGUGCCGGGUGUAACAUGAAUCAAACCAAUCAGUAUUGUCUGUUCUCACUCCCUUGGGCUGACAUGUAGUGUUUAACCUGUUUCCUUUGCUGUGCCUCAUAAAAAUGCAGAAAACACACACAGGUUGACAUACAGCAGCACAAUUUAUCAGUUAUUUAAAAACUCAAGACACAUCUGUGGUACGAGACAAGAUCUAAUGAUAACAUCGUGCAUGCUUGACAUGAAAAAAAGGGUGGAAACAGUUCAGUCUUUGUUAAAACCUGUGGGCGAAGUGCUGAUAGUUAUUUUAGAAGGCUGUAAAAUAGAAUAACCCCUUAGUUGUGUGUGAGUGUGUCUGUCUCUACAUGUAGUGGAGAAAGAGCGAUGCAUGGGGAGCUUGGCAACAGUCUUGGUCUGCAGUUUCUGGCCCAUGUAGGGCUGAGGUGAGUCAGGCAUAUGAUGAGGUAGCAGUGUUGGUGCCCAAACAAUCUGGCACCCUUUAGUGUUGUGUAGUUCGUGAACGAUUCGUUCAAAAGACCUGAAUCGUUUAAGUGAACGUACUGAACCGAAUCACUUCCUCGAGUGGUUUGUUUGUUUCUCACUUUAGUUGAGCUAAAGUGAGAAACAGCAUUGCCAGUUGAGCAGCCAGCGAACGCAGGACCGCAUGCACCGACAUCUGAAUCACUUGGUGAACGAAUCACGCAUUGAACUACACUUUCUGGAAUCAUUUUUGUCAGACAAAACUAUCUACCACAACAACUUGCAUACAAUAGGACACAGUAUGUAACAAAUAGUGCAUUAAACCUGCAGCAUCCUAUCAUUACAGCCAGAACGGUGCAUGUUCAGUUUGAAUUCUUCUAAACGUUCAGUGAAUUAAUCACUCACUGAGCCCAGUUUACUGAGCAGACCUAAUAAAUAGCAUACCAUAGGACAGUACACUUAAAACAUCAUGAUUCAUAAACAAGUUUAUUUUUACAAACCUGUUUGCCAAAGCAACACAGCUAAACACUCGUGUCUCCCAGUCCAAGAAGCUUUUAAUUAAACUGAAUCCUGAACUGGUUAGCUGCAUAUCAGUUCAGGAGGUCAGAGUUGCAGGCGUCUCCCGCAGAGCGCCACAUGAUUUGGUGAUUGAAUCUUUUGAACUAAUCUUUUUAGUGCACUGAUUCUAGUGAUUCAGUACAUCUAAAAGAACCGCCAUGCCCACCACUAACACCUUUACACCUGCCCCAUACCAGGAGAAGUAUUAUUCCAUGUCCUCUCAACUGUUUAGAUCAUCGAUAUACAGUUAUUUUCUUAGGAUUGAAAGCAGAAAUAUGAGGUUUUUAAUGUGUGUAAUUAACAGAAGAACACACGAUGUGAACAUGACAGUGAAUGAAACUUGUGCUGCAUCUGAGAAUGUGCCAGAUGCACAAUAGGGUCCUUAAAAUUAGCAGACAGUAUACUCAUUAACAAGGAUUACUGGAGGAGCCAAGCCAACAAAGUCAUUUGUGAUAAUGACACUCACAGGUACACUGCUGAAGAUUUGACGGCACAGAGCCAAGUAUAGAGAGAGUGUGUGUGUGUGUGUGCUACACAGUGUGCAAGCAGAGAUUCAGUCCUGACUGUGAGUUUGACCUUCAGACACAGCAAUCCAUCGCAAACACCUGCCAAGAGAAUCAUUGCACAGUGCACACACACACCGACAUACACACCAAGCAUAUACAGAGAGGACCACUGAGGGAGAGACCUCUUCCUGAAAUUACAUAACAGGAUGACCAACCUGAGAGGUGUGACUCGAACUGUGGUGAAUAAACAGUGAGGAUGUUACAUGGUGUUUUCUCUUUACAUGGUGCCAACAGUGCGGUGAUACAGUAUGAAACAGUUUGUCAGUUGCUUUGGUUCAUGACAUAAUACGUCAACUGGGAGACAGUCAAGAAGUAACAGGCUGAAAAAGAGGCAUGUCGCCACCUACUGAAACAGAGGUGGACAUACUUUCGUCCACAAACUGAUUCUGGCCCAGUGCCUGUUAAAGGGAUAUUCCGGCGUAAAAUUAAUUUUGGGCCAAACACACUGUAACACCAGGUUAGACACCCCUUCGAGAGAUAAUUGUUGCCGACCGCUUGCUUCUCUAGUUAUACCAACUUUAGUAACGACUGCAGGAUAGCAAUAGACAGCGGUCUAAGGAGCCAUAAACAAAUCUCAACCAAAAAGCCACUCUAUGAUCAUUACUUCAUUGGGACCCUAUAUGUAACGUUGAUGAAGUUAGGUGCUGUUCUGAGCAUUAUUUGUGGCUAUAGAGUGGCUUUUUGGUUGAGGUUUGUUUAUGGCUUCUCAGACCAUUGUGUAUUGCUAUUGUGCGGUCGUUACUGAAGUUGGUAUAACUAGAGAAGCAAGCGGUCGGCAACAUUCAUCUCUCAAGGGAGUGUCUAACUUGGUGUUACGGUGUGUUUGACCCUAAAUUAAUUUUACGCCGGAAUAUCCCUUUGACUGUAACAAGAGGAGUUGUCCAAUUGAGUGGUCAGAUUGAGCUUUUACCCUGUUAGGUUAUAUUAGUUUCUUAUUCGCAAACAAUCAGUUUCAGCGCAAAAUCAUGUUUAUUUUGCAAGAACUUUGAUUUUCUUGUGUAAAAAUUUUAGUCAAGCAAAAAAAAAUCGAAUCAGUUAGAAUAAAAAAUCAAUAAUGUGCUCAAUUAAUAAUUUGUAAUGAUUACUAUUAAGCAGAUAAGUGUGUUAACAUCUCUUCCUCAGUUUUCUCCAUGUACUUCCUCACAGUGUUCUCUUUCAGUGAGCUCUCAGACUACUAAUACAUGACCUUUUUCUGGACGGGCCACAUAAUAGUAGACUUUGUGGAAGGCAUCAUGAACAUUGCCAUUUUGGUGGCCAGCUGGCUUGCUCUCUUCCAGCCUCUUAGAUUUGAUUGGAAAUGAAACAGCCAAUCAGAAUUAACCCUGUCCGAAUCCUGAUUGGUUGGCAUAUGUGACCUUUCAUUCAGGUGAUGAAUGUGAUGCAGAGGAUUCAUAUGAGGCCACUGAUGCAGCGGAUAGAGGAGAAUGUGUUGGCUGUCAACACGCUGUGAAGCUGCAGUAAAUAGCAUAAGAACAGCAAUAUGUUCCUCGUCAUUCCAUAAAUGAUUCACAAAAGGUGUUAACUCUAAUUUCCCUCAGAGGAGACAGGCUGGAGGGGGAUUAAUUUCCAGCGCUCAAUGCCAUAAGGAAUCGAACAGUUAUUUAUUAUUAAUUCCCCCUUAGGUAUUUAAGCUGCUGUUUUCAGGUGUUUUCUCCAGACCACCUGCUGAAGUUAUUUACAUGCACAAAAUAUUUCAGACAGCACAGAAACGUAUUGAGAAUGAAUUAUGGGAAAAGACUUGUUUUGAUUCUGUAAAGGUAUCGAAGUGGAAGAUGACAUUGUGGCCCAUGUGAGACUCAGAAACUGUUUUAAUUUCUGUUCAUAAGGAAGCUCAAAGUGUGAUUCGUAUGAAAAGUACAGCAUGUGCUACCAUGCUUUACAAGUUCAGGUAUGAGGUAAGAAAGGUCACUGUUUGGCCAAGUGAUGACCACAAGAAAGGAAGCAGUUUUGACCUUUUAAGUAUUACAUCUUGCCCUCACAGAGAGUUAUUGUCUGUGGUUAAACAAUCCCACACGUACUUAGACUUAGACUGACCAGCAUCUUAUAAGGACAGGAUCUUUGUGCCACUUCAACCUCAGAUCUUUUUAACCUGACCAGAUUUCAGAUCUGCUGCCUGACACUCCCUAUUUUCAGGUGUUUUCUUCUGUGUUUGUAUUUGAUAGACUCAAACAGAUUUUUUCCUGAUGGUGUCUUUUCUUGUCUUUCAGCACUCUGUGGAUGCUGUGAAUGCUGGCGUGAGUCCCAUUGGUGACACAUCCUAUAACUCCAGUCACUGGGAUCUUGGCAGCUCCUUUUUCUUCGCUGGGACAGUCAUCACGACUAUAGGUACUGACAUUAUGCAGAUUAAUUUAAUUUAAUCAAAUAGAUCAAUAUAAUUUUUUCAUCACUGAGCUAUCUCAGGACAUUUUCCAUAAAGAGCUUGUCGUUAUUUGUUACAUUAACAGACAUUUUGAAUAAGCACAUGGGAACAUUUAUUUAGUAGGUCAGAGUGGCAUGAAAAACUUCAUUUAACAGGCAGGAACAAGACUUGUGUCGAACAGACAUCUGCUGCGACUGUGUGGGCUGAGAAAGAGAGUGAGAAAGAGAGAGAUGGACAGAGAUAAACAAACAGCAACGAAAUCAGGACAAAACAGACUUCAGUCUACAACACAAAUAAGAAUAGUAAAAAUGUGUCUGGUAUUAGCAGCAUUAGCAUUGAUCUAUUAAGAUAAGUGUGACUAAUAAGAAUAAUAGAUACAGCUUGGGUCAGCAGGUAUUAACAUUUAUGAAUAAAGGAAUAUGUUUUUUGCUUUUUAUCUAAGAAUAUACCACUGCGAUUUUGUGCUAGGUCCCGGUGCAGUCUAGGCCCACAAACAACAUAUACCUAGAUGCUGCAUUGACUAACUGGUUUGUGCAUCAUCGUCGCUGCCAUAUUGCUGAGGGCAUUUUGAAAAGAUGCUCAUUCUCAUGUAUUCAGAUACCAGAAGACUUACUCUCAAAUAUAUACGUACAUAUAUUUAAUUUUUUUUAUUAUUAUUUUUUGUGCCUUAUUGAUUCUCAUUUUGAGUACUUUAGGUCAGCUGGUAAGUAAAUAAAAUAAAAUAUAAAAAGACAUAAAUGAUGUACCUUAAAUGAAAGAGGUAUAAACAACUGGGGUAAAAACCCAGGAAGGGAAAGAAAAAGUUCUGUACAGGACAGUUUAUAACAUUAUGUUGGAAGCAAAAAGUUAAAUGAAAGUUUUUACAGUGGCAUGAUGAAAGGAGAAACUUCACAUGAGGACAAUGUAAACUAAUGAGGCUCAAGAUAACAUCCAAAUUAUUGUAAUAUUAUAUAAUCAUGUGUUCGUCCGCAUAAUCAACAAUCAUUGACUACAUAAACAAUUAAUCAAAAUGAGAGUUCAUAAUGUUGCUUCUUAUUCAGAAAACCCGCAGUGUCCACAUCUGCUUGUAUUUGUUGAAGGAUAUAACAGAUGCUUUAACAUAUUGCUGCAGCAGGAGAACACAGCCAAUGUGAUGUAUACAUUUCUAUGUCUAAGCCUAAAGCAGCAUAACUAAGACCAGGUCCGAGCCUGGACCGGCCCUAACCAUAAACAGUUUUAUGCUCACUAUUACAAGAAGAGAGGGUAUCUACCUCACAGACCCUGACUCAUAGGUGAUUCCAAAGGAGAGGGGCUGAUGACUGAAGGCUCUACCUCCCAGACUACUUUGAGACAUUAUAGGUGCUGUGAGUAAUGGGGCUCUCUAGUGCGCAUCCUAAUUAAAACAUUUUUCCUCUCUCCUCCUCUUAUUUUCUCCCUCUUUUGAUCCUGCUCCCUUUCCUGCCUCCUCUCUCCUCCCCUUCCUUUCUGUCUCCUUCACUUCAGGUUAUGGAAACAUUGCUCCCAGCACAGAGGGGGGAAAGAUCUUCUGCAUCCUGUAUGCCAUAUUCGGAAUUCCUCUGUUUGGCUUCCUGUUGGCGGGUGUUGGAGAUCAGCUGGGAACCAUUUUUGUAAAAAGCAUCGCCAAGGUGGAGAAAAUGUUCAGGGUGAGUCAGCUUUAUAAACAUUACACUAUGCUUGACACGUCGUUAUUUGUAAUUAAUCACUUAUCAUUGAUAUUUUUUAUUAGUGAUGCACAAAAUGAAUUCUUUUUGGAGCUUAAAUGAUAAGUGAUGAGAUAACCAAUCUCUCUUUUUUUCUUUUACCACGUUUUUGUACAAAAAAGUGUCAUUAUGUUUUAUCUAUGCAAACCUGUCGUUAAAAAAUACUAAUAGGUAACACUUUUCAAUAACCCUAACCUAUAAAUGGUAAAUAGACUAUUUUUAAAUGGUAAGCAGAUAGUUUAUUAAUGUUGAAUUGUCAUUUAUAAAUAGCAUACAGACCAUUAAUAAAUUGUAAAUUUUAAAAACCUAACCCUAACUUUACAAUCACCAUCUAAGUAAUGUUUAUAGAUUGUUUAAAAACCAAAUAUUAACCAUUUACAAAGUGCUACUGACACACAUUUUAAUCCAGAUGCUUUACAACCAAUAUUUUAACCCUAAAUAAACCUUUAAUAAAUAGUCCAUUAAUAAUUAAUGAAAAUUAUUAAUCAUAAUUUCAUUGCUUGUUAAUGGUAAGGUAACUAUUAACUUACAUUAUUACACUAUCUAUUUGCCAUUUAUAAAUUAUGGUUAUUGUAAAGUGUUACUGACUAAUGUAUGGUAAAAAAAAUAUGAAUGUAUGAUUAAUAUUUUUACAAUUAGUUCUCGGCACCUUGAAAGAACCUCAAAAAGCUUUAAAAAUCCUGUUCUGUUUCCAUGGUGACAACUCAGAGUUAACACCUGAAGUUAUCACUACCUUCCCAUAAUGCCCACUUUUGAUGGAAACAUUUAAUACACUUGGAAACUGAAUGAGUCUUAGAUGCAACUUGUUUCUAGUGAACCAGAUGGUGCCAAACACAGAAACUUGAUUAAUUUAUAGGCAGAAAUAUUUAAGGGCACUUUGUUUAUAAGUAGACUAUAUCACUGCGGGACAUGUUAUAUAUCAGCCACUUUCAGCAGUAUUGGAUGGUCCUCAGUAUUAGAAAGUGUCAGAAAGUUGUCAGAAAGUUAACGCAUCCUUAGGGUUCAUAGUAGCAUUCUGUAUCCUGUGGUGCUAUCCUGUGGUGAUCAGAGGUAUUGCAGAAAUACAUUCAGGCACACACACAUACAUGGGGUAAAGUUUCUCCCUUUCAUCAGUUUCUGUUACACAAACUGUGACUCAGACUGAAAAACACAGUGGUAUACUCUGGCAUUAAAACUUUUCGAAGCCAGCGGUCAUGCUGAUGUGAUAAUUAGCUCAGUUCAUCAGAGUCCCCAUAGACUCUGCAGGCCUCUGCACAAUCCCAAACACUCAGAACCCUUCUGUCUGUGUGUCCUCUAGAAUAAACAUAACCAGAUCAGCCAAACCAAGAUCCGUGUGGCCUCCACUCUCCUCUUCAUCCUGGUGGGCUGCAUCCUCUUCGUCACCAUCCCGGCAGUGAUCUUCAAACACAUUGAGGGCUGGUCGGCGCUGGAGUCCACAUACUUUGUCGUCAUCACGCUGACAACUGUCGGGAUCGGCGACUAUGUGGCGGGUAAAACUGCUCAUAAUAAAAAGUCAUUCGUGGAAAUGUCUGAGAGGAUCAUAAAACUUUUGAUGUUCUCACUGAGUAAAAAACAACAGCCAAAUUAUGGAUAAAAAAUAGACACAAUUGUUUUUGAUGAAUAAUUAUUGUUCAUUUUUUAUGACUAAUCAACCUGACCUUGAAACCAAUGUCAUUUUCAUAACAUGAUGAUGAAGAGCUUCACAGCUGUCAAACAAUAGAAGAUUUAAUCUGAAAACAGAUGACGUGAUUGGUUCAUCUGAGUCUACUGAUCUGUAUUAAUAGUUUUGAUGUGCAGGUAGCCACAGUCUGUAUUUACCUCAACGCUGGAGUUUCAUGUUCUCUGUCUAUGUGUCAUCAUGGAGGAGAGGUCUAUGUGUUACAGGUGGACGGUUCUUUUUUUAGCAGAGCAGGUCUAAGGCCAGUGAGUAGGAGUGAUGACGCUGACUGUGGUUGAUUGAGGGAGCUGGAGAUGACUGUGGAUGAUGACAAAAGAGUGUUUUGCAGAGAUUCAGUAGAUGAAGUGAUGAACUCCUCCUUUCUCUCUUUUUCCUCUUCGUUCUCUUUCUCCACAUCCCAUAUCUUCAGGGGGUGAUCGUCGGAUAGAGUACAGGCAGUGGUACCGUCCUCUGGUCUGGUUCUGGAUCCUGGGGGGUUUGGCCUACUUUGCUGCAGUACUGAACAUGAUUGGAGACUGGCUUAGGGUGUUGUCCAAGAAGACAAAAGAGGAGGUAUGUAAUGAUGAAGAGGAGGAGACACUGCUGAUGUGGAUCAUGCCAGCAAAAUUGAAAGUAUUCUAUGUUCAAGUGUGUUGAAGUUGAUAAGUUGUAAAAUUGUCAUUUCAUUCACACACAGACACACAACAUAGAGGGGAAAAGAUCCAACAAGAGUCACGUAUUGAUUGGUUGAAAUGAUUGUAGAUAAACCACCAUCACAUCAAGUUAGACAUCACUCUUAUUGAUCAUAUCAGCUAUAACCAUGGCUCAACUAAUUGUGCAUGCAAGUGUACAGAGUUUUGGUUCACAGUAGCAGUAUUUAUUUCUGCUCAGUUAAAGGUGGGGUAGGCAGGAUCCUAGGAAGCGCCAGUUUUGGGGAGAAAUCUUGAAUGUAAACACUACCCCUUUCCAACCGGUUUUCCCCUCAGCUCCUCCUCUCCCCUCCUUCUCUGCUCCAGCAAGCCCCGCCCACAAAAAGACGCUCUUGCUCGCUCGUAUUGUUCCAAUUAAAUUCAGAUAUAAUGCAGAUAAAUAAUUCAGAUGAUUACAAAUGGGGCCCAGUCAAUGUGAAAGUAUAAAGCAUUGGUGCCAACAGACUACCAGCAAACACAAUGUUUGCAGGACUUCUACAACUAGGAUAAAGGGACAUAGUCAAGGACCCGAGGUAAACAGUAAUCAGCGCUACAUCUGUUACAGACACUUGGCUUACUUUGUUAAAGUGGUUUACCUGUCCAGCAGAAAGGUUACAGGGUCCACAAGAUCCCCAAGUGUCCCCCAUUGUUUAUGCUGAUAUUGACCCGUCUUUUUAGUUCUUGUCUGGCUGGUCUACCUCCUUUUUAAGUGCCUUUUAUUCCGCCAGAGUCUCCAGUAUUUACUUCAUUUUCUUGCUUGUGUUGGCAGUCGUGGCCAAAGGAGGAUUCAGACAGUUUUCUGUGCUUUCUGGUUGGUUUCUACUGCCCGAUAUUGUAGCAAACUAACUUUGUUUGAGCUCGUGAACGACACUGGGGAGCAGCGUCUGCCUCACAACGAAUCAGGUUAGGGGAGGUGGAGAACGGCUUUGUUUACAAUCAGAAUGAGUGGGCUGCUCAAAAAACAAAACACAGACAUAACGAAACAGCGAUAUCGUUAUAUUACCAAAUGUCAUUAAUAGCUAAUAGCUAUUGACUGAUAAUCAAAGCUUUUUUGUGUAUACACCACAGAAAAGCUGCUUCUUUAAGGGAAUCCUGCCUACUCCACAUUUAAGUGAAAUCAAUGUUCACAAUAAACAAAAUGAUUUUUCAUUAAUAUUUGUAGAUAUCCAAUCACAGUUUAGACUCUGCUGACUUUGGCUUUGUCUCUGUUUGGUCAGGUUGGAGAGAUCAAAGCUCACGCUGCAGAGUGGAAAGCCAAUGUGAGAGCAGAAUUCAGAGAGACACGGCGGCGAAUGAGUGUGGAGGUCCACGACAAACUGCAGCGUGCUGCCACGAUCCGCAGCAUGGAGCGGCGACAGCUUGGACUCGACCAGCGUGCGGUGUCACUAGACAUGUUGUCCCCAGAGCGCCGCGCCAUCUUCAACAGCCUUGACACCAACAGCUACAAGACCUCCUCCCAGGAGAGCAUAGACAUCAAGCUCAACAACCUCCGCGUGCGAGGGGCAGAGCACUGCGAGCGCCGCUCUGACCAUCAGACCACAUCAGAGGACAACAUCUUCAACCGGCUCGGCUCGGUCACCAAACUUGCCAAACGCAGCAGAAAUCGAGAGCUGAAGAAGAACAUCCCUAAUGAGGCCCGCCGGCCGCACAGCGAGGCCUUUGGCUGUGGCACACCCACUUUCGAUUGCAGCACGCCGUGCGCUGAAGAAGAUGGGAAGAGGAAGGAUGACGGAGAGGAGGAGACAGAAGACAAAGAGUGCAACACAAGCUUAUCUGAUUUCCCGCUGUUUGUGGAGGCAUGUAAAAUUCAGAUCGGGCUCAACAUCGAGACCAAAGAGGCGGAGAGCGAGAAAACGCUGCAACUUGAGACGGACCCAUAG